GCCCCGUCUCCCAUUUGUCGCUGCCUACUGGGUCCAGAACGGCUCGACCCAGGGGGCGAGUGGCCUGCCGGCCCGGCCCCUCAUCUUAUGCACUGCCCGCUCUGCGUCGUAACUCUAAAUCCCCCGACCUGUCUCCCUUUCCUUUUCCCGUGACCCAAAUUGCACACCUGCCACGAGGACCCUCGAAUCGUCCAUGUUCCCCGCACGCUGUCGGCCUGGACCUGACACGACCAGACGCAAAACAUGUCGACCAUCAAUCCGAACAUUGCGAACGGAACGUGCUAUUAUGCCGAGAACACGGUCACAAAGGGGGACUUUAUCCCCUGUGGGAACGAGCUAAUAGAGACCUGGCCAUGCUGCAAGGCGGGAAGCUACUGCCUGUCGCUGGGCGAUGCGAACGCGUGCUGGGAUGCAAAGUCCGGAAACACGUACGUCGCCGGUUGCACCGACCCCUCGUUCGUCUCGCCCAACUGCCUUCACAAGCCGCCCCCGUUCCACGAGCAAGAAUGGGUCGCCAUCAACCAAGCCUGCAAGAGCCUCAACGCUGACAGCGAUGCUGAUGGCGUCACUAAUUGGACCGGCUGCAUCGUCGACGUCAACUCGACAGAUCUGGUCAAGCUCCCCCUGGCCGCCUGCACUCCGUAUUGCGCGUCGACCGACGUCCUGUACGCAGGCUCCUCAUCCCUCCCCGCAUACGCAUCGCUCCCGACCCUGUCAGGGAGUUCCAUCUUCUGGCAGAAUAACUUUGUCCCACCGACGGCGCCUGUAGCCGGCUACACUCCUGGCACAACCGCCGGCAUCGUGGGGACCGGUGUCUCCAAACCAGGGCCCGGCAGCUCAGAUCCCUCGACGGCCGCAGGCGGCUCAGAGCUCUCGACGGCCGCCAAAGCAGGCAUCGGCGUCGGCGCUGCCAUAGGCGGCAUCAUUCUCAUCGCCUUGCUCGCGACUCUCGUCCUCUGGUGCCGGAAACACCGAAAACGGAAACAACCACUUGGCCUCCCGCCACCAGGACGCCCUUACAACCAACCCUACCCCCCCGAGGACAUGAGCAGCUACCCCCCGAGCCCACCGGCGCAUCCCUAUUCCAACACGUACCAGUACCAGAGCAUCCCAGGGCAGCCACCCGUCGCCGAGUUCGGCACACCGAGCACACCCAUAGUGGUAUACACGGGCUAUAAAACUGAACUACCGGCCUACGAGCGGGAGAUGCGUCCUAAUCCGGGGCAGGAGUAUAUUGAGAUGGAUAACGGGGAUAGCAAUCCCGUUCCGGCGCAAUAUUUACAGCCACAGCCAUCGCCACGGGACCUUGGACAGGACCAGCUAUCACCGCAUCAGCCGGGGAGCCCUCGGCUCAGUGAAGCGAGUACCAUGCUCCAAUCUGGGCAGCAUUCGUAUUCGAGCCCGAGUCUGUAGGGGAGUCCUCUACCGGCAUACGGGCAACCCGCUGGAUAUGCACAACAACGGGCGGCAGGACGACUUUCGAUGAGACUAGGGGCGGGGGCCUACCACAGCAGGAGUACGAGCAGUCCGAGUCAGAGUUUCAGCAGUCCGAGUCAGAGUUUGAGCAGU